AUGUGGAUUAAUGUGCGUACAUUCUGCGGCACAAAAUCAGAAAGAUUCGAUGGACUAAGCAAGCUGACCACAAUCGAUCUCCGUCAGAAAAUCCAAGAAAAAUUCGACGUCUCCCCUCUUCAACAAAAACUGUUCUACCGUGGGAAACUUCUAGUGGACCAGCACACUUUAUUUGAUUAUGACGUAGCCAUCAACGACACAAUCCAGCUAAUGAUAGUGAAGACUACAGCGGAACAGCCCGACACAGAUACCACCACCGACACGAACACCACAGAAACAGUGUCAGAAGAUUGUUCCGGAUUGUUUGCUCCAGGAGAGGAAGUUGACGUGUUGGACACAGAAACGGGGGCGUGGUUCGAGGGGGUUGUUAAGAAGUGCUACAGAGAAACUAGGAACACAGACUCUGGAACAGUUGAGCAGGUGUACUAUGUGAUACGGUUAGAUGGGUACGAGGAAUGUGAUAACAUGAAUGUUAAACCUGUUGAGAUAAGACCACGUGCACACUACGUUUACCCUCUGUCUGAACUCAAACCAGAUAUGAAGUGUAUGGUGAACUUUAAUCUGGAUAACCCGGAAGAGAGGGGGUUCUGGUACGAUGGGGAGAUCAGGAGUGUUGUGAAGAAAAGAGGAAAGUACAGUGUCACUGCCAGGGUUAUAUUGGGAUCUGUUCCUACUGAUGUCGACCUCACUUUCGUAGAUGAUAUCUUCAGGAUAGAGAUACGAGAAGAGAAGGAUGUGUUGGAAACAGUGAUCACCAACAUUGCUAAACGGCAGUCUGCACCACAAUGCACACACUGUGGAGAUAACAAGAAGCGGAAGUGUAAGUAUUGUGCGUGCAGUGUGUGCGGAAACAAGGAUAACCCAGGGCAGAUCCUCCUGUGUGAUGAGUGCGACUGUGCGUUCCAUCUCUACUGCUUAGACCCGCCCCUAGAAGCUGUUCCUGCUGAGGAAGACUGGUAUUGUAGUAAUUGUAAGAACGAUGUUAGUGAGAUCGUGCAGGCUGGAGAGGGCCUGAAAACUAAGAAGAAGUCGCGUGCUCCGACCUCUAACUCUGCUAGAGAUUGGGGUAAAGGGAUGGCAUGUCAGGGUAGAACUAAGGUAUGUACUAUAGUUCCCCAGGACCAUGUGGGACCAGUGCCUGGGAUUCUAGUAGGUUCCAUGUGGAAAUACAGACUACAAGUUUCAGAGGUAGGAAUACACCGGCCCCACGUAGCCGGGAUACAUGGUCGAGAGAACGAUGGAGCGUAUUCUAUUGUGUUAUCAGGGGGUUAUGAAGAUGAUAAGGAUUACGGGGAGGAGUUCAAAUAUACUGGCUCUGGUGGGAGGGAUCUGUCUGGGAACAAGCGCACUGCUGAGCAGAGCUGCGAUCAGAAACUCACCAAGAUGAACUUAGCGCUUGCUCGCUGUUGCGCAGCGCCGCUGGAUGUCAAGAAGGGAGCUGAGGCUUCAGAAUGGAAAAAGGGUAGGCAGAUACGUGUAGUGAGAAAUUGUAAACUUGCAAAGCAUUCCAAGUAUGCUCCUAAAGAAGGGAACAGGUACGAUGGUAUUUACAAGCUUGUCAAGUACUGGCCCGAGAAAGGACAGAGUGGGUUUUUGGUGUGGAGGUAUUUGUUGAGAAGGGACGACUCUUCCCCGGCUCCCUGGACUAAAGAGGGACAAGAUAUGACCAAGAAACACGGUCUUAAAAUUGUUUACCCCGAGGGGUACCUUGAGAAACAGGAAAACAAAGAAAACAACCCCAAAUCUAAUAACAAGAAGAGGAAAAGAAACAGUGCUGCGUUGGAAGUGUCAUCAAACAAAAAACCAAACAAUGAUAUCAGUGCUGAGCUGAAAAAUCUCCUAAAAUCAGACACAGAAAACAAGAAACAUUGGGAUGAACUUCUCUCGGAUACGUCAAACUGGCACGAUCGAGUGACUGAUAAGUUUUCUUGUAUCAUCUGCACGGACCUUGUUAAGGACCCUGUGACCACGCCUUGUUCUCACAACAUGUGUAUCAAGUGUGUGAACAGGUCUUUCAAAGCGGAGGUUUAUUCUUGUCCCAACUGUAGGUAUGAUCUCGGUAAAAGUUACUCGAUGAAAGUGAACAAGAAUCUGCAGACAGUUCUACUCGAUAUCUUUCCUGGAUAUGAUUCUGGUCGUUGAUGUAGCGAAUGUUCUAGAUGAUAAUAUUUCUCAAUCUUUUUAAAAAUUUAAUACUUUUUAAUACUAUAAUUUGGACUAGAUUUUGUAUAUAGCAAUUUGUAUUUCGUUAUUUUUCAAGGCAGUACUUUCUUACGCGUGUUAAGUUUGAUUUUUCCACGACA